GACUAUCCAAAUGUCAUCUUCUUAUUGGUUCCAAAUCCUAGUCUGAAGAAUUCUUAGCUAAGCAAAGACCGGUAGAUAGAAAAGAAUUAAACGCAGAAGGAUGGUUAAAGGUGUAAAAACAAUGGGCGAAAAGGCUAUAAAAGGAGACAUAUGAGAAGAUAAAGGCCACCAAAAAAAAAAAGAAAGAAAAGAGUGAGGCUGAGAGAGAGAGAUAUACACAUCUAUUUCUCACACCUGCACACACUACACACACCAAAUUAAAUUCUUCAAAAAAACUUCAGUUUUUCAUUAGGGUAAUCUAUGUUUUUUGUUUUCUUCCCCCUUCUGUAUCAUCCCGUUUCUUUAAUCCCUUUCUGUAAACAAUCUGUCUUUUCAAGAAGGUUUUAUGGGUUUGUGUUUUUGAGGUUUUUGAAUUUGUAACAAAUUGGAGAAAAUGCAAACUUAAAGGAUUUUUUCUUAAAAGCUAGGUGUUUUCAGAAACGAGAUUCAAGAUUUUCAGUAAAUUUGUAGAGUUCAUUCAUUCUUUCUUUUAUAUCUAUUUUCACCAAAAAUCAGCUUAGAGGGCUUAUUAGUUGUCCCUUCUAAGGUUGAUUUUUUUCUUAACCACCAGAAAAAAGGGGUUGUUAUUUGAAGACCCUCUUUGAAUCCACUUAUUUGAUUAUAUUUUCAUUAGUUCUUUUUUUUCUUCUUUGCAAUCAACCCUGUUCUUUUAUUUGAUAAGAAACAGGUUGGUCUUUUAAUUAAAUUUGUGUGAAGAUUUAGGCAUGGCAGCUACAAUGGAUUUUUGGACUAGUACACUUUUAGAUCUUAACUCAUCAAACUCUUUGCAGGGUGGUGGUGAGCUGAUGGAAGCACUUGCACCUUUUAUCAAAAGUGCUUCCCCUAUCAAUUAUCCUCCUAUUUCACCUCCUUCUUCUUUCUCUUUUCCCUCUACAAAUUCUCAAUCUUCUCCUAUUACUACCACUACUUCUACUUCAACUUCAUAUCCCUAUGAUUCAUUUUCUUUAAUAUCUCAGCCCAAUAUGAUCUAUGAUGGUUGCUCUACUUCUACGACCAUAAAUCCUACUUUUUCACAAGGGUUUUCUGGCUUCGAAAUGGAGCAACCGGGCUCAAUUGGGCUGGAUCAAUUAACACAAGCCCAGGUUCACCAGAUCCAAGCUCAAAUCUACCUCCAAAACAACCACCAACAGCAACAAAUAAUGUCAUCAGCUGCUACUUUCCAAGAUUCUUUAUCACGUCAGCAUAACCAUCAUGCUUCUCUUUUGAGUCCAAAGCCGGUUUCGAUGAAGCAAUCAGGCUCGCCACCCAAACCCCCUAAGCUUUACCGCGGUGUUAGACAACGCCACUGGGGAAAAUGGGUGGCAGAGAUCCGAUUGCCCAAGAACCGGACCCGGCUUUGGCUUGGUACCUUUGACACCGCUGAGGAGGCCGCCUUAGCUUAUGACAAGGCGGCCUUUAAACUCCGGGGUGACUUUGCUCGCCUGAAUUUCCCCCACCUCCGCCAUAAUGGCUCGCUCAUCGGGGGGGAAUUCGGCGAGUACAAGCCGCUUCACUCCUCAGUGGAUGCUAAGUUACAAGCCAUUUGUCAAGACUUAGCUCAAGGGAAAAGCAUUGACAGUACUAAAAAGAAGCGGAAAGUUUCUUCCAAGAAAGAGGAAAGCAAGAUGGCAGAAGUCGGGUCAGAAAGUGAUGGAACGGGCGGGUCGUCGCCCAUUUCUGAUUUAACGGUCACGGAGUUUGCCGAGGAGGAAUCUAUUUGGGACAUGUGUUCGGAGAAUUUCAUGUUGCAGAAGCAUCCAUCUCAUGAGAUUGAUUGGGCUUCUCUGCUAUAAAUUUAGUCAAAUUUAGAAAUUGGGAUAAUGUAAUCUUUAUAAUUCUUUGUUUAAAGAUGUUUGUCAGUAGGAUUAGGGGACAGGCCAUUGCAAUGAGUUUUUGGUAAUUGCAUGGCUGGUCCUUAGAUUUAUUGGGAAAAUCCUGUUAUUAAAGUUGUUUUUUUUUUACAUUUUUUCCUUUAAGCUUUUAUAGGAAGGAUCCAAACAGGCCAGCUGGUGUUUUUUGUCUGAGCUAGGCCAGUGGAUUUUGGUGCUUUUUUAUAUGUUGUAAUUUUGCUUUGUAUUCAUAGUUUUCUGGUUGUAUUCAUGUCUUAGCCGUAUAUUCAGUGCUCA